GAACUGAUUAUCCAUUUCCCCUGCCAAAUCUGCUCCGAGCGUAACUGCAAUGUGAAGCAAACGAACAGCAAGAGGAAGAGAUUGGAAGAGAUCCCAAUCUUCCUCCCUCAACGAUGUCUUCCUCCUGUUUCGGCCAGUUAGGGUUAAGUCAGAGUCAGAGGAACGCGAUGCCUCCGCUCCACGGCAGCCGGAGCUCUCGACUGCUCCUCAUUCCUGCAGCUCUCCGCAACUCAGUCCGUUUCCGAUGCAUGAUAGGCGCGAUGACUCCGAGGCUGGCCAUAUCGUCUUCGCUCGGCUCGAUCAUCGGAACCGGCAACGUGAUCGCGGCGGCGGCGGCGGGGGGCACUGGGGCGUCGCACGCCGGAGUGACGUCGGCGCUGGCUCAUGUCGCGGUGACGGCUGUUGCUAUUGCUUCGGGGGCGUGUCUCUCAACUAAGGUUGAUUUUUUGUGGCCAAGGUUGGAGGAUCAGCCGGAUUCUAUUGUCAUUGAUGGGGUGGAUUUAACUGGUUACCAAAUUUUUAAAGAUACAAAGGUGCAAAAGGCUAUUGCAUUUGCAAGAAUGGCUCAUUAUGACAUUAUGACCAGUUUAGGGAAGACUGGAGAGCCUUAUGUUAUUCACUGCAUCCAUACUGGAAGAAUUUUAGCUGCUCUUGUCCCAACAAGUGGAGAAAGGGCUGUGAACACGGUUGUUGCUGGGAUUCUUCAUGAUGUGAUAGAUGACACAACUGUCAAUAUCAGUAGCAUAGAAGAUGAGUUUGGUGAGGAUGUUGCUCGUUUGGUUGCAGGAGUUUCAAAACUAAGCUAUAUCAAUCAGUUAUUGCGAAGACACCGUCAGAAAAUUGUUAGCCAUAGUACUCUUAGUCCUAAAGAGGCCCAUAAUUUGAGAGUUAUGCUUCUUGGCAUGGUUGAUGAUCCUCGGGUUGUCCUCAUUAAGCUUGCUGAUCGAUUGCACAAUAUGCGGACCAUUUUUGCUUUAUCAAUGCCAAAAGCUCAAGCAGUUGCAGAAGAAACAUUAACGGUAUGGUGUUCUCUUGCUUCAAGGCUGGGUUUGUGGGCUUUAAAAGCAGAAAUGGAAGAUUUGUGCUUUGCUGUCCUCCAGCCUCACACUUUUAGAAAAAUGCGAGCUGAACUUGCUUACAUGUGGAGCCCCAGUAAUACAGCAAAAAAUUUGAGGAGAUUAUCCAAUAGAGCUGCAUCUCAAGAACCAGAAGAAGAUAUUCAUGGGAUAAGCUGCUUUGACUUACCUGUUUCAACCUACGACAAUAUAGAUGACUUGAAGGAUCUUUUGCAAGCUGCAUUGCCCUUUGAUCUAUUGCUGGAUCGUAAGAAGCGAACUAGAUUCGUUAAUAACCUAAGGAACUGCGCUAAACCUACGAUCCCAAUGCCUAAAGUUGUUAGUGAUGCUGCUAUAGCAUUAAAGUCUCUGACAGAUUGUGAGGAAGCUCUUGAGCGGGAGUUGCUCAUAUCUAUUUCCUAUAUUCCAGGGAUGGAGGUUAAUCUAUACAGUCGGCUAAAAAGCUUGUACAGUAUCUAUUGUAAGAUGAAGAGGAAAGAUGUUGACAUCCGGCAUGUUUAUGAUGCUCGUGCACUGAGGGUUGUUGUUGGCGACAGAAAUGGAACUUUACAUGGACCUGCUGUCAAGUGCUGCUAUAGCGUUCUUGACAUUGUACAUAGGCUCUGGACUCCAAUUGAUGGGGAGUUUGAUGACUACAUUGUAAACCCCAAGCCCAGUGGAUAUCAGUCUCUUCAUACUGCAAUGCUAGGUCCUGAUAGCUCACCAAUAGAAGUCCAAAUAAGGACACAGCGGAUGCACAAGUAUGCAGAAUCUGGACAUGCGGCCCAUUGGUUAUAUAAGGAGAAUAAAGUUGAAAAUGCAGAUACCAUACAUGAUUCUAAAACUCAAACAUCAUCCUGCCAAACAGCGUGUUUAGAAGAUGAAGGUUAUACUCAAGAGGAUGCUCAUCAGAAAUAUGGCUUUUUAAAAGUGGGGCAUCCGGUCUUGAGGAUAGAAGGCAGUCAAUUGCUUGCUGCAGUUAUCAUUAGGGUUGAUAAAGGCGGAAGAGAGCUUUUGGUUGCUGUGAGUUUUGACCUUGAAGCAUCUCAAGCUGUUGCUGAGAGGAGAUUUUCUUUCCAGCUAAAACGUUGGGAAGCUUAUGCAAAGUUAUAUAAAAAGGUCUCCGCUCAAUGGUGGUUUGCACCUGGUCACGGAGAUUGGUGCACAUGCUUGGAGAAGUACACUUUGUGUCGAGAUGGGAUGUUUCACAAGGAGGAUCAGUUUCACCGGUUGCUGUCUACUUUUAUCCAGGUAAUAGAUAUGUCAGAGAACGAGGAAGUUGAGUACUGGAAUAUUGUGUCUGCUGUGUUUGAGGGGAAGCAAGUGGUUCCUGUUCUAUCGACCUCAAAUUGCACGAGGAGAUCAACUUGGGAAACUGAUGAUGGUAUCAAUAACAAGGUGAAUUUGCUUAGAACAAUGCUUCAAUGGGAGGAACAAGUUCGGCAUGGAGCAGCCUUAGGUGAAAGCAGGCAAGGAGGCUGCUACUCUAAAAUGGCUACUCUUGGAGAAGUGGUGAUCAUAAAAUGGCCCACUGGAGAGAUAAUGAGGUUGAGAUCAGGCAGCACUGCAGCUGAUGCUGCCAGAAGGUUAGGUGAUGAAGGAAAGCUGGUUUUAGUCAAUGGUCAGCUCGUUCUACCACACACGGAGCUCAAGGACGGCGACAUCCUGGAGGUUAGAAUAUGAUUCUUUUGUGAUUUAAUCUCUCUUUCAUUAAAAUAGAAGUUUACUGGACAUAGAGAGGGAUUUGACAAAAUGUACAGGAUUGGGUGGCAGUCGAAUUGAAUGUAGAGCUUAAGAUUAGUGUAUUGGCAGUGUCUGCUCAUUGUAUAUAUGUUCCACAUUCAGCAAUAAACGCAUCAAUCAACCUUUACACUUUUGUAUAUAUUUAGUAGUAUUGGAAUAUUUUGAUGGCUU